UGUGGUCCGGUAUUAAACGAAGAAGAACGAGAACAAGAAUAGGAUGAGGAGAAGAAGACGACGACGACGACGAGGACGAGGAGACCUGCCCGCCAAUUUGGAAGAUGUAAACAGUGUCGUCCUUUUUUCGUCUGCUGUGAAACAAAGUACAUUUUACCUCAAAACGUCAAACAUUUGUGAACAAUGAAUCCCAGUGGAAAAGGACCCGCCGAUUCAUCCCAGCUUGCUCCCAGCAGUGACAGCGACUCCAUCAAAGUUUUUGUGCGAGUGCGACCUCUGACCCAGGGUACUGGGCUGACCACAGAUGGAGAUCAACAUCUGUGUCUCACAGUCACCUCCCCCAACACCAUCCGUCUGCUUUCAAAACCAGAACCACGGACCUUCACCUAUGAUCAUGUUGCUGACAUGGAUAUAUCUCAGGAUUCUGUUUUCUCCAUUGUGGCCAAGAAUAUUGUUGAGUCUUGCAUGAAUGGAUACAAUGGGACAAUAUUUGCCUAUGGGCAAACUGGCUCAGGGAAAACAUUCACCAUGCUUGGACCAUCUGAGUUGGACAACUUCACAGAUGAACUAAGGGGGGUUAUUCCUCGAAGUUUUGAGUACCUGUUUUUUCUCAUCAACAGAGAAGUGGAAAGGUCUGCCAAGUCCAAGAGUUUCCUUUGCAAAUGUUCAUUUAUUGAGAUAUACAAUGAACAAAUCUAUGACCUUCUGGACACAGCCUCAGCCAGCCUUUUCCUCAGGGAGAACAUCAAGAAAGGUGUAUUUGUUGAGGGAGCUGUCGAGAAGUUUGUCAACUCAGCUGCUGAAGCCUACCAGGUGUUGUCAAUGGGCUGGCGUAACCGACGAGUGGCCUCCACCUCCAUGAACCGCGAGUCUUCCAGAUCUCAUGCAGUGUUUACUAUGACUUUGGAGUCCAAAGAGUCCAUAAAUGAAGUGGUGAACAUCCGAAUGUCUCAGUUGAACCUGGUAGAUCUGGCAGGGUCUGAGAGGCAGAAAGACACACACACAGAAGGCUCCAGACUCAAGGAGGCCAGCAGUAUCAAUCGCUCCCUCAUGUGUCUUGGUCAGGUGAUCAUGGCACUGGUUGAUGUGUCCAAUGGGAAGAACCGCCACAUCUGCUACAGGGAUUCUAAACUCACCUUCUUACUAAGGGACUCUCUGGGAGGAAAUGCAAAGACUUACAUCAUAGCCAAUGUACACCCCGGUUCAAAGUGUUUUGGAGAAACUCUAUCCACCUUGCAGUUCGCCCAAAGAGCUAAGUUGAUCAAGAAUAAGGCCAUUGUCAAUGAAGACACACAGGGAAAUGUGAGGCAGUUACAAGCUGAGAUGAAGAAGCUGAAGGAGCAGCUUGCACAGGCACUGGCUUCUCAGGCAGUGCUCUAUGGGAGAGAUAUAGCGCCAGGAGGACCUGAACUUGCAAUGGGUCCACCCAUAGAAAUUCAACACGAUGUCUCAUAUAAAGCAAAGUUUAUGGCAGCUGUUCGUCUGUGGAGGAAGCGAGAGGAGGAGAAGAGGGUGCUGCUCGAGAAAGUGGCUCAGCUUGAGGAGGCCUGGACGCAGAAAGACAAAUUCAUCCAUUCCAGCCGAAUGAUUGUCAGGUUUCGAGAGGACCACAUCCUUCGCCUUGAGAAAAAAUUGAAGACAGGAGAUGGCUUACUGUCAGACAAGGAGUCUCAGGCUCUGAUUGACCAGCUGAAAGAAGAGAUAAAGAUCUUGAGAGAUCAGGUUGAACAUCACCCAAAGAUGACUCGAUAUGCAGCGGAAAACUUCAGCCUCAGAGAGGAGAACCGUCAACUCCGCUCUCUUGAAUCGGUGGUGGAAGCUGAAGAAGCUGCAACUCAAGUUGCUGCUGAGCUAGAUGAGACCUUCCAGAGGGCUAUGGAGGCAGAAAGACCCACAGAGAUUCCAGCAGCCUCUUCAACCUCUGUGGCUGCAGAUACUGUCUUGGCAGCUACAGCUGAGAGGCUGAAGGCUCAGCUGCUUCAGAAACAGUCUGACCUCACAGCCGCCCUGCAGGCCUUUGAGGAGUACAAAGAAAUCACCAAGAAACAGAUGUCUCAGCUGGAGUCUGAGAAAAGAUACCUUGACAAGUCCAACAGGCAUUUGGAAAACAUUUUGGAAGCCACACACGCUUACAAGAACCAGGAGGUCUCUGAGCUGAACAGAAUUCACGUUGAAACUAUAAAGAUUCUCACCACGCCCACCAAAGCAUACAACUUGCGGUCCCGUCUCGUACCUCUCUCUAGCCCAGACCACCUGAAUGGGACAGACAGUAAUGCAGACGACAUUUGGGCUGAGCAACCUCCUUCAGACAUGAGUGAAAUGGCCUUGACUGAGGAACUACGUCAAUUACAGGAGCAAGCUAGUCGUGUCCAGACACAGCUGAAUGAGGAGGAGCUGAAGAACAGCAAGCUGUUGCAGCAAAUUGCAAAGCUUGAGGAACAGAUCACUGUGCUAUCACAAGAGUCUGAUCGCAAGGAUGAACUACUUUCUACUGAGCGAGCUAACAAGAACAGAGAUCAGCUUAGCCUCCAAGUAACGGUCAGUGAGCUGCAACAGAGCCUUCAGUCUGAACAGCAAGCAGCAGAAGUGUUAAGGAGUGAGAUCCGGGAUCUACGCCUGGUGCUGCAGUCCUCCGAUAAGGAGCUGGACGCUGUGAAGGACGAGCUAAGAGAUAGCCAGAGCAAGCAGCAGAGAGAGAUGAGCCAGAUCUCAAACAACCUGAUCAGCACACAGCUCCAACUUGACAAAGUCCAGCUGGAGUGGGAGCAGCUUCUGGAGCAGCAUCGGACACUGCAGGAUUCAUUUGACCAGCUGCAAGCUGAGGCCAGGUUUGAGGCUGAUCAGGCAAGACAGCAGCUGCAGGACAGGCAGCAGGAGAUUGAUCAACUGAAGGCACAGCUCAUGGAAUUAAAUAAUUCUCUGCAGACUGAGCAAGAGCGCACAACUACCCUGACCUCCCAGUUAAGAGAAAACAAAGAAAGUACAUCAAAGGAACUUAUUGAAACUGUGGAGCAGAAUACACAGCUAAGGAAACAAGUCUCAGACCUGGCAGCACAAAAUCAGCAACAGGCUUCCAAAAUAGUAGAUGUUGAGCAAACUCUAAACUCUGCCAAAGAAACAAUAAAAGGCUUGGAGCAGAAGAUUGAACAGGACAAAGAUGUUGUUUUAGAUCUGAUUAACCAAACCAGAGACCUACGCUGUGAGCUGAGCCAGAAGGACCAGACCAUUACCCACCUGUCCGAAGACAUCAAAGACAUCACAGCCAAGUACAAUGCUGCCUGUCUCGAAAGGGAGGAUAUCAGAGAGCAAAACUCAAAGAUGCAGGCAGAAAUCUGUGACCUGAAAGAAACUACAGAAAGACGGGUAGCAUCCAACAAAAUAGAGGUUGAGGUGCUGCAAGAGGAGGUUGCUUAUGCCACUGAGGAGGUUGAGAGACUCACUAAGGUUUUAGAUGAGCAGAACAGCCUCCUCCGAGCUUCUCAGGAGCAAACUGCAAAGAAGGACGUCAUGAUACAGAAUCUACAGCAGAAGGUGCAACAACAACAAGAAGCUGUUGAAAGAACAAUCAGAAAUGGAAGUCUCAAACCCCUUGUUGAGCCGACAGUCACACCUAAAUCAAUGCCUCGGACGCCCUGCACUCCAGGAAGCUUCAGCAGGGACCUGACCCAGGUGCUGGAGAGCCAGGAGAGGGAGCUGGAGAAUCGACGCUCCUCUAUGAUGACCAUGGAGAUUCUUUUAACUGAGCUGAACUCCGAGAGGGCUGCCAAGAACGAGGAGAUCCGAAGGCUUAAGAUGCAGCUGACCGAGAAAGAGAUGGUCCGAAUGGAGAUCCAGGCUUUACUUGACCAGUUUUACACCAAGCAGAGGCAGAAUGGAAAUAAUAACGCUGAGGAGUUGAAUGACGCCAUCAAGCAGUCAAUGCUUGCAGAACUACAGGAGGAGAGGGCAGAGAAGAGCAAAAUCAUGCAGAAGCUGUCUGACACUCUAAAAAGGAUGCAGGAGCAGGAGUCGAUGUUGGCCCAGUCUCAAACCUGCGUUCAGGAGCUGACCACCGAGCUGAGAAACCGCUGUCUAGAGUUGCGAGAGCUGAACCACAGGAUACAGGAUGAGGAGAAACUAAUCCAGGAGAACGAGGUUCUCCGAAAGCAGAAUGUUCUGCUAUCCGAGGAGAACGGAAAACUUGUGGGGCAUAAGAACCACAAACAGAGGAUUGAGUAUCUGGUGAAGCUGAAAAAGGACAACACCAAACUUCAAGAGGAAAAUGAAAAGCUCAGAACGGAGAUAACUUUAUUGCGAGACAACACUACAUGUCCGCCACUGGAGAUGCUGUAAAGCCCUGAUUUUUAAUUGUUUGAAUGGAGGUGAAAAGACGUUGGUUUUUAAAUUUCUUAUUGUUUUUUUUUUUUUUACUUUAUGGACUUGGUCAACUCUUAAGUACAAAAACAUUGUGAUUCAUGAUUUCUGUUCUUUUUUUCAUUCAGGGAAUGUGCAGUAAUGAUUUUACUUAUGACGUGUGUUCAUAUUAUUCACGGAUCUUACAAAGAGUUGCCUAGAAGGGAUACUGUAUCUUUACAUUGGUCUGCUAUUACAGCACCAUGAACAGACCAGCGGUGACAAAACUUGUUGGGUUGCUUUGGAAGGGGAUAAGUUAGUUUUCGGACUACGUUGAAGUUCCAACAAUAUAGAGCAGAAUAACAUCUUAAUGUGAAAACUGAACAUUUUUAUGUUCAGAAUCUUUUAGGUGCUUAUAUCUGGUGCUGUGACUGUUGACUGACCACCGAGUUGUACCCAUGGUAAUGUGUUUGUAUUUCCCCCAUCAUACUGAGGUGUAUAGUAAAUGUCUUUUAAGCAUAAUGAACAUUUCUCUUUUUUAAACUGUAAUUAAAAAUAUUUUUUGUACCUCUA